AUGUCUAAAGCGCCGGAUGUGACCCGAUAUCUUCUCCGUGAUACAUAUAUCUUCAAUCCCAUAGUCGAGUUCAAGGAGCUCCUUGGUCCUAAGUCACUCCCCUGUACAGGAUGUGGCGGAACUCUCACUGUGCAGGGGCUGAGCUCUCAUGGCCCUCGAAUUUGUAUUGGCCUUCGCAAAGACUUCUGGGUCUGGCCGGUUACAUUGGUCUGCACAGGUCCUUGCGCCAAUGAUCUUACUGACAGGCGCAAGAGAUUUCUCUCAUUGGCGGAUGAAUUUUUUACAGCCAUGCCCGAAGAAGUACUCCGAUCGGUGCCGUUUGUUCCAUCCGGCCCUGGUGGCAGGCUUUUUUCUCGCGAGGUACUCGCAUCGGUCCGUCAAACAGCGAGUGGCGGGAAUACGCUUGGACAUAUUGCUCAGCAGAUCAAUGCGAAUCACGUCGAAGAUUAUCUGGAACGACGGACUCGAUAUACGGAUCAUUGCACUGCUCGACGAUCUUCCCACGGUCCGGCCUCCCAUUUGCAGAUGUUUCCUCCGAUUGAGCGUGAUCCCCCUGUUCAUCGUGAUACUCUACAGAGGCUCUAUCUAACAGAUUUUCGACGCCGAGAACCGUAUAUGCAUGGUGCUAUGAGCUCAUUGUUGGGGAGGGUGCUCAAGGCGGAUCAUUCUUAUGUCGUGCAACUCUUACAUGGGGCGGGUGCUAGUCAGCAUUUCAGUGUCAUGAAUGAAGAUUCGCUUAUCAUUGCUAUGGGGGUUUGUGAGGGAGAUGGAAUCGAAGAAUAUGAACAGAUGCUGCAUGGGCUGGCGAAGCGCUAUCAGGACUCUGCUGCUCAUCUUGGGGUAGCUCUUGAUGAUGUACUCCCUCUCUACGUCUAUGUAGACAAAGAUUGCUGUAACGGCUAUCUACCAUCGAGCAAAGACGGUUCACCUCGUCAUCAUGUGGUCACUGAUCCGCUCGGUCCUAAUACUCCACCUACUCGCACAGAACAAGCAUGGCAGAAGAUCAGCCCUAAUAUUAAGCUCCGUUUGGAUGCUUUUCAUUUUAUGCGGAGGUUCGAGUUGGGCAUCACCCAUGUCCAGCAUGUGCUGUACCCGAAGUUCGCAUCGGACCUCCGAUACGCUAUGUUCUGCAGACAUGAGGGUGAUUGGCGACGUUUAGUUGAUGCAGCUUCACGCCACUUCAAAAAACAAGGCCUCUCCCGUCAGCAGGCUAUCCAGCGAGUAACCAAGGAGGAUGUACAGAAGUACUGUCGACGGCGUAUUCCUCUCGGGGAUGAGCUUUUUCGACGAGUCCGAGAAGUUAUCGAACGAUACGACAAUAAGGAGAUCGAUGGUGUGCCACUUUACAACAGUUAUAUGCCGAGAAUCUGGAAGCACUUGCAAGUCCACAUCAGGCGAGGAUGCUUGUCGGAUCCAGAUCCGGUUGAGGAUGGUGCACUACCGUUAUAUACUCUGGUCGGUACAGAGUUCUACCGAGGGGACCCCUCAUGUCCACUGGAGUUGUAUCGAACUUGUAGAUCAACCAGUCAAGUUGAAGCCUAUCAUCGAGUAUUAAAGAGCAAUUUUCGUUCAGCUCAUUGUGGUAUCGAGCUAGGCCAUGCUUUGCUCUGUGACUGUGCCUAUCGGUAUAACUGCUCGCGUAUCGCUCAUGCUGCUUUACAGUGCCAACGUAUUGUGAAGAGGCCUGCCGAGGACAUGCUACCUAUCCCUGUUAUGGACGUCCACUCUAUCGCCGUUUUGAACGAGCGGAACUCGUCCCUCUUCGGUAUUGAUGCUUACCCUUUGGUUACUCGUGAAUACAAUGCUAACGAUCCCGAUGAAGAGCUCUUUGGUCUUUCCUACACUAGAGCGCGAGCAGCAGACGUGAAGAGCAGUAUCAUCACUCAAGAAGAUGACUAUUGGGAGGAUGCCUUCUCUACAACUCUUCAACAAGACGAGUGUACUGCGAAGGAGAUGGAUCUAGCUGCUCGGGACUUGAAUGAUACAGUGGCAUCGACUGGCGAUUUAGAGUCUAUUCUGGACUAUCGAUAUAUUACACGAGCUUCGGAUGAGUCUGAUGACGGAGCUGAACCGGCUGUGAAGCGGAUACGGCUCGCGUUCUCGGGUGGCAUUGCAAGACCGAGAUCGCCCAGCACCUCAGAUGAAAUGUCGAGUCUGGUUUUGGACUUGGCCGCUCUUCAUGACGGUGAUGUUGGAGCCAUCUUCAGAGAUUAUGAGGUGGAGUAUCGUAAGAGGAAGGCUCUGGACGUAAGCUGCCAGUUGUAUCAAACAUCGAGAGAGUUGAUUCGAAAAUUCUUGACUGGUGUCAAGAAGCGAAGAGCCGCAGAGGAGAUUGAGACCGAGGAUCCCCGAGGCAGGGACCGCAUGCGGGCAUUGCGAGAACCCACAAUCGAAGUCGCCGAGGAUCUGUUCGAAGUUAGCGAAGCUGUUCCACAUCCAGCAGUUCGAGUCGAUGCACCACCAGUCGAAGCUUCUCCUAUGAAUCCCUACUUGAUCCGUGCGAAGUCGUUACUCGCAGAUCUAUCACUGGUAGAGAAGCUUGUGCAGGAUGUGAAGUCUACUACUGGGCGUAAACCGCCAACUUGCACAUGGUGCCAACUACCCAUCCGGAAUGAUACGCACCCUAUGCGCAAUCAGAUUGGUUCAGUUGGCUCGGCUACGAAGAGUGCUGGUAUUCGGUAUUGUCCAGUGCAGUACCCCGACUUGACUGCAUUCGAUAGGGAUAUCCUACCUCAGUUGUUCGCUGAGAGAACGGCAAAAAAAGAAAAGUGCAGUCGUUGCAGCUUGAAAUAUGACGACGUCCAGAACGAGCAUCGUUUCCAUCCUCGAGCAGUGGGCAAGAAUAGAGCUCUUUAUCGCCACUGUCCUGUUCACGAUCCUCCCUUCGAGGUGUGGUGCGAGAGUGGAGAUAUUGUAAAGAAGCUCCUGGAGAGUGAUCGAGCAAGAUGCCGAAAUAAUGCAAGAACACUCAAGUGCUCUACGCAGCAUGAGCAAUCAUCAAGCGCUGAAAUUGAUUUGGAUAAGUGAGAGAUGGUUAACAUCAUUGCUGAAUCAUAGCCUGGAAUCCCUGAUUGCUAUUACUCCUGCCUCAUAAUUCGUUGCGAGCAGCCCUUAUUAAGAGUAUGACUCAACUGGCACUGCCCAGUGCGACAGGAGAUAUGGAAGUAUAGUUCCAGUCAGGGAUUUUCAGGUUCUGAGAAUCACACUCUCUUCUGAUGAAUCCGGCUCGGCCUACUCAGCCCCUGGAGUCGGGCCCUGCGAAUUCUCUGAUCUACUGCUUCGUAUUCAAUAUAAUGAGAGAAGCUCCUGUACUCGAAGCUGUGGUCUACAAGCCGUCAGUCGUCAUAUCAAUCUUUUCUUUUCACAAAUUAUGGAGCACAGCAUCUGAUCUGUUCUCUUUGGUCACCAUUAC